GUGAGUGGUGGUAGUUGUGACUGAAAUUUAAAGAAGAUUUUUCUCAUAACUUUCAAACUAUGUCCGGAUACCACCAAGGGAAGCAUGGAGACGGAGAAAGGAGUCGACAGAGGGUUGGACAGGACGAUGAGACACCGGCUCUGUACAACAUUUUUCGUGGAGAGGUUGCCUCCAUACAGCCAUACGGAGCUUUUGUGAAGAUCCCAGGUUUUCGCAAAAAUGGUCUGGUCCACAAGACGCAGAUUUCCUCGACCAGAGUAGAAGAUGUUUCUGAAGUGUUGGCGGUUGGGGAUCGUGUCUUCUGCAAAGUCAUCUCUCUUGGGGAUGAGGAUAAUCCAAAGAUUUCAUUGUCCAUGAAAGUAGUGGACCAAGGCCAGGGCAAGGAUUUGGACUCAAAUCUCGUCCAGACGAAACAAGAGGAACAACGCAGAAAGAAAGGCCGAGCGUUCGUUCAGCCAAAGAUUGAAUUAGGAGCCGUCUUCAACACUGUCUGCAAAAAAUGUGGAACUAAAGGACAUUUAGCCAAAGACUGUUUCCGGACACCCGGAGGUAAAACCUACGAUCUGUUGCCUGAUGAUGAUGCGAUACCUCCACCGGAUGUUAAUGAAAUACCCACGUCAUCGCCGCAGAAAAAGAAAAAGAAGAAAAAGGGUAAAAAGAAGAAAUCUAAAAAGCACCGACGCCGCUCCGUAAGUUCCGAUUCCUCAGAAUGUGAGAGUGAUUCUUCCAGCGACAAACACCCUGACAAACGCCAUCAUAAACACCGUCGUACAUCAAAGGAAGGCAAAGAGAAGCUACAGAAGCAUCAACGUCGUCGAUCACCACAUUCUGAUUCUUCAGACAGCGGAUCGGGUAGUGACAGACACCCUGACAAACACUCCCAUAAACACCGUCGUACAUCAGAGGAAGGCAAAGAGAAACUACAGAGGAAGCGCCGUCAUAGAUCACCACAUUCUGAUUCCGAUAGUGACAAAUACCCCCAUAAACCCCCUCAUAAACACGGCGCUACGUCAAAGGAAGGCAAAGCAAAGUUAGAGAGGUAUCCUAGUCCUGAUGCAACAGACAGUGGAUCAGCUAGUGACAGACACGCUGAGAAACACCCCCAUAAACACCGUCAUACAGCAAAGGCGGGCAGAGAAAAGCAUCAUCACCGGUCGCCUAGUCCCAAUAACGCAUCCAGUGACAGAUACCCUCACGAACACCAUCAUACAUCAAAGGAAGGCAGAGAAAAGCAACAUCACAGGUCCUCUAGUCCCCAUAACACAUCCAGUGACAGACACCCUCACGAACACCAUCAUACAUCAAAGGAAGGCAGAGAAAAGCAUCAUCACAGGUCCUCUAGUCCCCAUAACGCAUCCAGUGACAGACACCCUCACGAACACCAUCAGACAUCUAAGGAAGGCAGAGAAAAGCAACAUCACAGGUCCUCUAGUCCCCAUAACGCUUCCAGUGACAGACAUCCUCACGAACACCAUCAGACAUCAAAGGAAGGCAGAGAAAAGCAUCAUCAGAGGUCCUCUAGUCCCCAUAACGCAUCUAGUCACAAACACCAUCACACUUCCACAGAUAAACAUGAAAGCCUGGCUGAGAGACCGAAGAGGAGAAGACACACAAACCCUCACUCAGAUGGCAGUACAUCUAGUGACGAAGACCUCCAUAGACAUGGACCCAAACCCCGCCAGGCAUCGAGUGACAGACACCCACCAUCACAGAGUAAGACAGAACAUGAGCGGAGAAAGGAACACGACGGUCACGCUUCUAGACAGCGUGCCGAACCCAGACACGAAUCAAUUCAUGAAAAAGGUCAUAAUCAUAGGAAUGAAAGUUCAAAAUAUAAACACAGAUAGCUAUUCGUAAGAUGGAAUUUUGCAUCGGGUGAUGUAAAUCAAAUUAGGUUUUGCCUUUCGCCGAUGUAUAAACA